UCCAUCUUUCUUCUCAGGUGCCUAUCCUUAAUUCAUUCCUUCUGUCUGAACCAGUGCUAGUGGUGACAAUUUAUAUUUUAGUAUUUUCUCCAGGAGUAAGUUAUUCUCCAUUUUGCUGGGUAAGAGCCCUUAGGGAAGUCUGGGACAAGGAGGAAUUCCACUGUCUAUUUGUGACAAACUUUCUGUACAUCCUAGACUAGAAUGCCAAAUUAUUGCUGCUGGAGGCUGGUCUUUUGGUUUCUACAGAGUUCCUGACACAGGUAACUUGUCUAUUCGUGUCACUUCUACUCAACACAAACUCUUCCUCAAUUUAGCAGAGGAGCUUAAUCAGGAAUGGCUGAUGUUGCAUCUGUGCAUAGCUAAUAAGCCCCACAAAUUAAAGGUUCCCUAUGUUGGGUUUCUAAGAAGCUUGCUGCCCUGUCAGGCACAAGUGAAGGUGACAGAUUGUGAUGGUGCAUUCCUUCCUCCCUGGUGAUUCCUUAAGUGACCUUAAAACACUCAUUCGUAUCACAGACAUGUAUCCAACUGCUGAAACUCCUGUCUUCUGCGUGGGACUGGGAUAGUUAUUCUCUGCACGACAGGCAGGGAUGCUCAGAAAAGCAAAGUUAAUCUUGCCAUGUAACUACCCCACAGCUGGGACAGGUUAUGUGUUGUGCUAUUUGAUUUUUGACUUAUAUCAGCUCAUAACUCUGAAUUGUUUUGUAGCUUUGCUUGCUGAAUAAAAGAACUGCCCUGCCAAAGCCAUCUCUGAAGAGAUUGCUAUAGUUAUAUCACUUCUGGUAGCCAUCUUGCAGUCCUUAUUUCCCACCUCAGAUGUAAGAGCCUAGAAAAUGUCUUUUUUCUCACUUACACAUCUCAGCCAAAAAAACUCAAAUGAAGUCCCAUUUACCCAUUUCAAUGGGUGAUGACACUGGUAAGUUAUAGAACAUAUUUAGCAAGUCUGAUAACUUGAUUUUGAAUGUUUUGUGAGAGUUUUUGCCAAUUUUCUAAGUCAAACAUAAUGUCAAGACAGGAAGCUGGCUUUCUUGUGUCUGCUGAAAAGAAGUUCUAUUUUUGAAGGUUGUGAAUGUUAGUUUUAAGUGAGGGUCAGCUGAUAGACCUCCAGUGCUUUCUUUUAGGCUUUUAAUCUUAUUUCUUCUUGUCAAUUUUCUUUUUAGAAACCUGAAUUUUCAUAAUUUGAUUUAAAUUGUUCCUGUGUCCCAUUACAGCAUGUAACAUAAUAGAAAAAAAAUCCACUAGUAUAUUGUGAUACAUUGGAUAUGCUUCCUGCAUCUGAAGUCAAUGGAUGAUGUUGAGAUCUGUUUGUUCAAUUGGAAAAGCAGAUUACUCUUUACAUCUGUAGAAAUGGACAGCAGCAGUUUCAUUCAGUUUGAUGUGCCGGAGUACAGCAACACUGUUCUGAGCCAGUUAAACGAACUCCGCUUGCAAGGGAAACUCUGUGACAUAAUCGUGCACAUCCAGGGUCAGCCGUUCCGUGCCCAUAAAGCUGUCUUAGCUGCCAGUUCUCCGUAUUUCCGCGACCAUUCAGCAUUAAGCACCAUGAGUGGCCUAUCCAUAUCAGUUAUUAAAAACCCCAAUGUUUUUGAACAGUUGCUUUCUUUUUGUUACACUGGAAGGAUGUCCUUGCAACUGAAGGACGUUGUCAGUUUUCUGACUGCAGCUAGUUUCCUACAGAUGCAGUGUGUCAUUGACAAGUGCACACAGAUACUGGAGAGUAUUCAUUCAAAGAUCAGUGUUGGUGAUGUUGAUUCUGUUACUGUUGGUGCCGAAGAAAAUUCAGAGAAUCGUAAUGGCGUUAAAGACAGCAGCUACUUUGCCAACCCUAUUGAGAUAUCUCCUCCCUAUUGCUCUCAGGUGCGACAGUCAACAGCAGGCAGCGACCUCCGGAUGGAAACAACUCCAGGCAAAACUCUUCGUAGUCGUCUGCAAGAAGAAGGGCAUUCAGACCGAGGGAGCAGCGGGAGUAUCUCUGAAUAUGAGAUUCAGAUUGAAGGUGAUCAUGACCAAGGAGACCUGAUAGUAAGGGAAAGUCAGAUUGCAGAGGUGAAAGUUAAAAUGGAAAAGUCUGACAGACCAAGCUGCUCUGAUAGCUCUUCCCUUGGUGAUGAUGGAUAUCACACUGAAAUGGUGGAUGGAGAGCAGGUGGUCGCAGUAAACGUUGGUUCGUAUGGGUCUGUCUUACAACAUGUUUAUUCAUUUACUCAUGCCUCAUCACAGGCGACAGGUAUGUCAGAAACCUUUGGAAGCAUGAGCAAUACAAGUCCUUCAAGGUCAAUGCUGAGCUGUUUCAGAGGGGGUCGUGCACGCCAAAAACGAGUACCUACAGGUCACUUGCAUAGUGAUGUCCAGGGCUUGGUGCAAGGGGCUGACAGUGAAUCCAUGGUGAGUAAUCCAGGAUAUGAAAAUAGUCCACGGGAAAGAAAUGCAAGAGGUCAUUGGUAUCCAUACAAUGAGAGGCUAAUUUGUAUUUACUGUGGCAAGUCUUUCAACCAGAAAGGGAGCCUUGAUCGACACAUGCGAUUGCACAUGGGAAUAACUCCUUUUGUGUGCAAGUUUUGUGGAAAGAAAUAUACCCGUAAGGACCAACUCGAGUAUCAUAUUCGUGGUCACACAGAUGACAAACCCUUUCGCUGUGAGAUCUGUGGAAAAUGUUUUCCUUUCCAGGGUACACUAAACCAGCACUUGCGAAAAAAUCACCCGGGGGUUACAGAAGCGAGAAAUAGGGUUGAGUCUCCAGACAGAACAGAAGCGUUUGUGGAACAGAAAGUAGAUAAUGAUGCUUCAGCUUCUGAAGCCAUGGAUUCUAGUAUGGAAAUUCAUGCAAUGUCUAACACAUCUGAUUAAAAUCUUACAUCUAAGUGAAACACAGACAAGCACAUUACUAAUGUAUUUUUAAAGUAUUUUAUUCUUUUAGUAAUCUUCAAUACAAGUGUAACAGCCUUUUCAUUUUCCUGACCUUCCAGAAAUCAGUUAGAAAUGGUUUCUGGAGAAGACUUCAGAAGUAUUCUUUGUUUUUGAAGGAGGCUGAAUUAUUUGGGGUUUGUUUUUUUGUAUUUGAAGACGCUCAGAAUAUAAAGACAGUGUACUGGGGAAAGACUAGGAAAAGUCUGGUGAAGUGUCCCUGCUGAUUGAUCUGGUGAGACGCAAAUGCCAGUGGAGAAAGAUAUUAGAAUAAGAUUGGCAGCUCUGCUGAAUGUUCAAAGAAGCUGUAAUUUCCUUUAUUUCUUAAAUCCUGUUGCUGGUAAUGAGUUACACAGCAGUUGGGAGAGAGAAUAUUACAGCUUUGAUUCUUCUCCUGUCACAAUGAAAUCUGUUCACUCUUACUAACUGGUUUUGGUAGUGAGACUGUUUAUAUAUAUAAAUUUGCUUUAUAUAUAUAAAAUGCUUUCACUUUCCCUUUUCUGUGUCAAGGCUAAUACCAUAUGCCACUCUAUCGACCAUUAGGACUCCUCUCUGCUUAGGGUUUAGAACUUCAGACUUUGGCAGGAUGGUUUUGGUUUUAAACAAAUGUUGCUUGGUUUUCAUUUUACUAAACUAUUACUUUGUGUGCAAAAGUGAGCAAAGUGAAUUACCUUGUUUUAAUAGCUUUGCUUUAUAACAUAUGUAAACCAAAUGCCAUAAAUCUAUUAAACUAUGGUUAAAUUGUUGAAAGGUUUUGUUAGUUGUCUAGAAUGCAAGCUGGACAACCUGUGGUGCUGACCUUUUUAUAUAUAUAGAGAUAGAUAUAUCUAUAUAUAUAUAGAUAUACACAUAUAUAUAUAUCUAUAUAUUAAAAAAAAUAUUAGCAAACCUAAAAGUAGCAUUGUGGUCUAAAAUGUGUUUUUACUGGCCUCAGAAUCUACCUUCAUUUUGUACUGUAGAACCAUACCAGGUAAUUAAACUUAACUUCAUCACUCUUCAUGGUUGGUUAAAACAUGAGAGAGAUGUAGUUUAAAUCACAGUAUUUCCAAGCAGUAUUUUAAUAGGUCUCUUCACAGAGAGCUGUUUUCAGGUGCACGUUGGCUUCCUACUUAAAUCUCCGAGUGAUAUGCCAGCACUUGGAAUUUGUACUUUUUUUGUAUAGAAAAACAAAUACUUUAUGGGAAUUUUGAGCAAUAUGUUAUUUCAUGUGUGAGUAUUACAGAGUUGCUAUGGCUUCUCUGCUUUUUUCAGUGGUUUUUUUCUCUAUAAAGAAGCUACCAACAACUUUAAAAAUACUCUAAAUCUUUUUUGUUUCACCAAAUACGCGUUUUUAAUAUGGUGCUAACUUCAUUAUUUAGGUCAGUAUAAUAUAUAACAUGUGAAACAUAAUGGUCAAGGGAAAAAAAUCCCCAAAAACAGACAAACAGAAGCCCCCCUACACAAACCAACUUCCCCAAGAUCCCAACCAAACAGAAAAAAAAAAAAAAAAAAAAAAAAAAAAAAAAAAGGAAAAAAAAAAGAAAAAAACCCCAAUCCCAUACCACAAAAAAACCAAUGGCUUAAAAGACCUCAAAAGCAUGGGCUGGCAAACACUACUGUUUAACAUUCUACCUGAUGAACAGAAUUAAUUAUUGAACUAAUCACAUCCUUCUUUAGAAUACAGGUAUUAUAUUAUUGGGUCUUAUGUUUGUUUAGCUGAUACUGAAAAUCCAUUUGUGAACGUUCUGUUUAACUCCCAAAAAUUAGAAAAUAAAAGUGCAUUUCUAAAUUAUUGGAAAGAAAAAGGUAGGUUUGCUAUCUUGUAAAACUUUUUGGCCUCUGUGAAGCUGGGACAUAUUUGUGCAGCGGCUUUAUUAAAUACACUAGUUCUUCAUAUUGUGACACUCUGCAAUAAGAAUUAAUCUCUCAAACAUGGAUUUACAGUAUAACCUCCAACCGCUCCAUUGGAGCAGUUUCAGUCAAAUUAAGUACAUCAUUUGCCUCUUUGUCCUAAAACUGCCUAAAUAAAGAGGCAGGGGGUGGUGAGAUGUUUCUCUCCUUGAAGCAACAACAGAAAUUUUGUUUCCAGUGAGGGAAGGGAUAGUCUGUGUCUAAAGGCAGGUAGUCUGUAUGUUUACUCACCUAAAAACAUGGUGUUUCUGAUAGUUUUUUCCUUGAGCGUGUGUUUUAAGUAAUUAAAUGCAAAAAGUGUGUUUUGGUAAAUUAAGUUUGAGACAUGCAAAAUCCAAGAAAUGUACAGUUAUUCUUAACCCUUUAUCUUGAACCUGUGCUGUGGUGCCUUUGGUGUGAAUUUUUCCCUGGAAGGAUGACUUGAGGAUAGCAGGAUAUGGGUACAAAUUUAUAUUUCUUGAAUUUCUGUGUCACAAUCUUAGCAUUAUUUAAAUCUAGUUCUUUGUAUUUGUAAAUGUAUUAAAAUGGUUUGAGUUUACCAAAGAGUGACUUAUCCAAAAUUGUCUCAGACAAAAGCAAACAAGAAAACAACAUCAUGUUGAUUGUACAGGUUCAGGUUCAAAACAUUGUAACAGACUGUUAAGGGGCAGGAAAUGAUCCAUUUUUCUACAAGCCGUGGUUCAGCAGUGUGCAAGUCCCUCCCCGCGCGGGCAGCGUUCUUGCCUCCAAGCCAUAGUCCAGCUCUGCGGUCCAGCAGCGCUCCGGCCGCCCGGGCUCUGCCAGACACCACCGUCACCCCUGGCAGCAACACUGCCACUGUGCCUUGUCACAUAGCGGGGUGCCACGAUCAACACUGUCACAGACACGAGACAUGACCGCUGAGCAGGAUGCCAUUACUUUAGCAAAGGGUGGAAACACUGUACAGUGUCUCGUGUCUGUGCAGUUCUUAGCACAGGGCUGUUACACAUUUCAUUUACAAUAAAUGCAGAAGUCAAUAGAAUAUGUGAAGAAAUAUUUGACAGCAAAAUAAGUAAUGAAAUUAUACAGGCUGGUUCAUAAUUGAGUCUCUUCUUAAUCUACCUUUUUAAUUCUAGACAAAUGUGAAGACAGUGACAGUGUCCUUUCCUCUAGAUGCUUAACCUAUUCUGACAAACUGUGAAAAUAAAGGAUUUUAUACCUUUGCUAAUGUUUCUGGUUUAAAACUAUUCUUUUAGUUUUCUUUAUCAGUUAUUUCCCAUAUUACUUCUUUUAAACUUGUAAAUAUGUUUAGAAAAUAGCUUUGUAAAUACUUACAAGUGUAUUAAAAGUUCAGUUUGGUCACUAAGGCCUCAAGAUUGGCUCUGCUUUUUGAGUGUGAAAUCUUUCUGUAGCAUAAAGGAUACUGUCAGUUCACUGUCAGCAGAGUAGACUGUAGGCCUAAAUUUAGAGUUUUAAUGCAGUCUUCCCCAGCAUAAAUUCAGGUUUUAUGCUAAAGCCUUUGGUUUACUUUAGACAAAACAAUGAGGCCUCAUAAUAUGUUUAGGCUGAAUUAUGGGAAGAACAACAGGAAUAAAAUCAAGGGCUGGGAAAAUAUUGAAUAAGCUUUACCUUUAAAUAUAUAUAUAUUAUUUUAAUUUUUGUAUUAGUUUACUGUGAUUCUUUUAUUGCCAUUUUUCUAAACAGGUUUUACAUGAAACCAUUGAAAGGGACUCAAAUAUGCAACACCUAAUCUAUUUUCCAAGGGAAUUUUACCCUUGAAUGGUGCUUUUUGACUGGUCAGGGUUAUUUAUUAAAUUUUAUAUUUGAAAGUAUUUGGGGAAUUAUGUAAAUUCUUUAUAUGAAUCUUUAUUUCAUGAAUUGUAAAUUUCAUAAUACUCAGUGAUCAAAUUGGAAGUUUAGUAAAGUCAUUCAGAAUGUUCAAACUUUAUAAUCUGUGUGCAUUUUACAUAUGUUUUAUCAAGUGCCAGAAUACUUGUAUUUAAUAUUGUAGAUUUAAUACUACUUGCACAUCCCUGUGGCAGCAUUAACUUAAGUUAUGCAAGUUUACAUUAAAAAAAAAACAAAACUAAACAAAUAAGUAAGCCUGGGACAUGUGUUCCUGUAUUUCUUCAGGGGAUGUGAAGCCACGUAUCACUGACUGAGCAGGUUUGCCUCCUGCUCCUGUAGCUCACUCCUGCUAUGGCAGAUACAGAACUGCUGAAUCCCAUUCCCACAGGCCGGGGAUUCAGCCUUUCAACUCAGCCUGAGAACCUCUGGUUGUAGAUCUGGUUAGAGGUAGAGCUCUUGCACGAUUUUAACAGUGUUUGUUUCUGACUGAAAAUUUGUAUUUUAAAAUAAAUUUUAUUUGUAUGGUUAUUUUUCAAGAUAAAUAAUUGAACAGUUUGAAUGACUUGACUUGGUGUCAUUAUCUUGCAAUAUAAACCGGGAACCUCACACCUCCUCACUUCAUCGCCACGUGAAGUAAAUGAAGCUAGCUAAGCUGAUGCUGUAGGAAUUAGUAACUUGCCAUUAAGGAUUAUUUUACAGCAUGAACUUUAAAAUAUUUAUUCAGAUGAUAUUUUACUCUUGUAUUCACUUUGUUUUUAGAUUUGUGACAUGAAUAUUUCUGUGCUGCUUUAUUUUGUUCUGAUGAAUUUGUUUCUUGCUUGUAAAUUGCCUUUUUUAUGGUAUAAAGUCAAUCGGAAUUGCUGUUUGUAAAUUAAAAUGCUUCUAGAGCAAA